AUGUUGAAGAGGGACAAUCUCACCAAGUUAGUACAGGAAGUUAAGCAAAAGAAUAACAGUUAUGAUGACUUUGAGAUACUAUACAAAGCACAAGACUCCAGUUCUACCCCUGAAAAUACGACUGCUCCUGCGUCGGCUCAAUCUAAUGGUGGCUCUACUGCAGCAACCUUGAAUCUUGCCAAUCCUAACCUUUCCAUAUUAAGGGUAUUCAACAUCAGAAUUAAGGGAAUCCCUGCAAGGCUGUAUCUUGUUACGCGUAAGAUUGGUACUAAUGUUUUUGUCAGACAAAUAAUGAGCAAUGGUAAAAACGUAUGGUUUGGUGGUAAUGGUAAAUCAUGCCUUUACUGUAUUGCAUUUCUAAAAGGCAAUACGCCAAACAUGAUUGCUACUACUACAAACGAAUGUGGUAAAAUCUAUAAAGAUCUUCGCGAAAAUGGCACGAACGGCUGGCAACUUAGCACCGAGAAUAAUGAUACGAAGAUGAAUGCAUUGAGGGCAGUACAGGGUAACAUCACAAAAUUCUCCCUUGACAUUUCCCUAGCUAAUACUAACGAUAAAUGCGUAGUCGAGAAUUCUGAAGACAAUGGUCUCAAGACUCGCUUAUACGCCCCAAAGAAUGGUAAAGCCAUAGAGAGGAUCACGGAUGGUGAAAAGGUUAUUGGUACGCUUAACGAUAGCUACACGUGUUACCUCUGCGAACUCCAUUCUAAGGGUAACACUAGACUGCUAAGAGCCCACACGGAAACAGACUAUAAAGUUUUUCUGGUCUGUUAUGUGAAUUACGGAAGUAAAUGGGAGGCAAUAAAGGAGGAGGAAUUUGAAAAGAAACUAGAGGAGCUAAAGAAUGGUACUCUACAACCACCACCUUCUGUAGACUCCUAA